AUGGAAUCUUAUCUGCUUUCGGGCUUAUUCCUUGGUUUUGUGAUGGUGAACAUGUUAUUUGCAAGUGGAGGAGGACAAGAUGUUAGCUUCUCUCAGAACUACAACGUUGGUUGGGGCCAUUUUUCCAUCAACAAUAAAGGGGGUGGAUUUGAGUCUAAAUUGCAUCUUCUAUCUGGAUUAAUUAACUGGAGAAUCAAACUUCCGGAAAGCAAAUCACCAGGAGUUAUUACCGCCUUCUAUCUAACUUCAAAGGAAGCUCAACACGAUGAGAUUGACUUUGAAUUCAUAGGUACUAAUGGACCGCCUUAUCGAUUGAGUACGAAUGUAUUCACAAAAGGAGUCGGGGGCCGGGAGCAAUCGUUUAAUCUUUGGUUUGAUCCAUCCGCCGAUUUCCAUUCCUAUACGAUUCUUUGGAACCAAUAUCAAGUAGUGUUUUUCGUGGACGAAGUACCGAUCAGAGUGUUCAAGAACCUGGGGAACCCAGGGAACUACCCAACGCAAGGGAUGCUAGUGGAAGGUUCGCUGUGGGACGGCGGGGCGUGGGCCGGGAAGAUCGACUGGUCCAAGGCCCCGUUCCGAGCCCGAUUCCAAGGCUUCGACGUUGACGGGUGCGUCGUGUCCGACCCUUCGAAGCCGGGAAGCUGCGGCUACACUCACGGAAGUGCAUGGGCGCAACAAAAGACCCUAAACGCGGCUCAAAUGACGCGAUACCAAAAUGCGAGGAGCAAAUACUUAAAUUACGACUAUUGCAAGGAUAGGAGUAAAUAUCCUCAGCCUCCUCCCGAAUGCAACGCACAGAUAGGAAUUUGAGUAAA